AUGUUACAAUAUCGAAUAUAUCUGUACUGCAGUGAACGUUCUCUUGAUCUUCGGCUGGAGCUACAGAACAACUCACAAUCUUUAGUGUUCUGUUCCGUUAGUGGAGUGUCUUUGGGUCAAGUACCACCAAACGGCAGCGUUUCAUUCAGCGUGGAAAUUUUGCCGGUUUCAAUAGGAUUUCAGUCAAUCUCAGGGCUUCGAAUAGUCGACUCAUUUUCGAAACGAGCGUACGAUCAUGAUGAUGUUGCGCAAGUAUUUGUUAUGUGA